AUGGAAGGAAGAAGCAGAAGAACAUCGAGUGUGGAUGGACAGGAAAUUAACAAUGGGAAAACAUCUGCUCUCUUACCUGAAGAGUUGGAAAAUCAAGUUAAUGCUAUAACCAAGUCAAGCCGAAUUGCGGACGGUAUUAAGAAAGUUAUUCAAGCCAUUACGAAGGAACUUCAGGCACUUCAUGAAGAGAAUGUAGGACUGAGGCGCGAACUUGAUAACCUCCGGAGUAAAAUGCCCCAUGUUGAGUUGAGUCGACACCAUAGAGUAAUGUUGUGCAGACACAAACUCAGGCUAAUCAUUUCGGACACAUCUCCGAUGAGUUCAGAGGCUGACCAUCAAAUGGAGACAGAGAGGCUCAGGUCUGUAGUCAUUAGUGGUGUCCCUGAACUAAAAUCACACAUUUGUAGGGAACGCAUAUCAAUGACUUCACGAGUGUCUGUUGUCUUUCCUUCCCACACAUUUCAAUGGUUGACACUGAAACGACCCCCGAGACUACGUCAUUACUCUUCGCGUGGAAUUUACAUUAGAGAAUCGCUCACACUUGAGCAGAGAAGACUUAGACGAGAUGAACGCAUUCGUAAUCGUAGAACUAAUGUCGUUGUUGAGUCCCCAUCUAUGAAUGUUGAUCAAACUCAGGAAACGAUAGAUGUUGAACAAAAUCCCAAUCACGUUGAUCAUUUUCACGGCGGCACUGAGGGGAAACUGAUAACUUCUCCCUGGCAUGACUGUUUAUCAAAUUCCUCUGGUACUAAAUAUGAUAAUAUUGUAGAUCCUGUAGUAAAUUUAAACAUUCCGCGGUUUGAUCAGUUUUGUAUAAAUUGUGUCCUAUCCAAUAUUCGGUAA